CAGAGGCAGAAAAACAGAGAGGGGAUGGCUCUCUAGAGUUCGCCCGCCGCCACCGUCGCCGGCCCCGUCGCCGGCAAGGCGUGUGGAUCCGGUCUCCGCCGCCCUCGGCCAUACACCGACCGCAUCAGAUCCGUCGUGUCGCCGUCCCUUAGCACCUGCUGCCCUCGCUCUCAGUCCGCCCCUGUGCUCCACCUGCGCCGCCGCCGGAGCUUCAACUGCACCACGCCGGAGCUUCAACUGCACCAUGCCGGAGGCCCCCCUUGCCCCCCGACUCCACCUCCUCCUGCCCGACUGCACCAGCCCUGCCCCACCUCCUACCUUUGAGAAGAUGUCAAAAGCUAAUUGGAGUCCAGAAAUGACCACCGUUUUUUGCAAUCUCGCUGCUAAGGAGAAGGAAAAGGGGAAUAGGCCUGCCAAAUUUUUUAACCCUGCUGGAUACAAGAAUGUAGAAGUUGGCUUCUUUCAGCAGACCGGAAAACUUUACAGUAGGCUGCAGUUCAAAAAUAAAUGGGGCAGUUUGAGGACCUUGUAUAGGGAUUGGCUGAUCCUAAAGAAUACAUCUACUGGACUUGGUUGGAAUGAUGAAACGAACACCAUGAUUGCUGAUGACGAAUGGUGGAAGAAGGCCGAUGAAGAAAAACCUUUGUUUGGGCUACAUAUUCCCAAACAGGUCAACCUUUUGGGAUUCCUGAUUCCCAAAAAAGAUCUUUUCCUCCCUUUGUUCAGGACUCUCCAUUAUUUCAAGCCACUUUGGAUUACACGUGAAAGUUGUGAUUAUAUCAGGCGAGGCUUGGAAACGGGAAAUAGUCAUCGCGGCGUGGAAGUUUUCAGUUAUACAGCGACGCCCACCGGUAUAGGAUGACGGCAUAAUAUUUUUCUUAUGGACCUCGGCUUCAUCAAGCUUACCAAGUCCAACAGCGUCAACAACAAGCUGGAGCUUUUUAGCGCUUAUAUCGUCCUGAAGCUUUUCAGAAAGGACCUUGAUUGAGUAGUGAGAAGAUCAGAAGGCAGUAAAUCACCACAGUCAGCGUAGCAGCAACCAAAUAACAAGAUGAAGAUGAUAGGACAGCAAGGAACCUGUGGUAAAUGGAGGAACAUGAAUCUUCUACAUGUAGAAAUAGCUGGAAUGAAACAUGUUUUGCUAUCUCAGGCACAACAGAUACUGUAGUUGCUCAACAUAAUCUAAUAAGCAAGAACGGGAAAAAAUAAUAAAA